AUGCAUGAGCAACCGCGGCUGAUCAAGCAUCUCUCAGAGGACCAUGCUGAGAGCAUAUGCGAUCUCGAGACCCUCCAUCAGGCCAACGCGGCACAGGAACGCCAGGUCGAUGUGGGAUCCAAGUCCAGCACCGCCCAGCAGGUCCCCGGUAUGAGAUAUUCGGAGUGCUUCGGCAGCCGCUACUGCGAUAACGGCGUCGUCUACCGCGAUAUUCCCACAGUUGGACAAAUUGCGAUCCGCGGAAUGCCCAGCAUGGUGCAGACCAACAACACGGCCAAGUCGUACGGGAUCCGAUCCGGAAACCUGGGAUUGAACAUUGAUCGUAAGGGCAUGUGGACUCAGCCCACCAGGCUGCCGACCUGGUUCGAGACUACUAUCCCGCUCUUGGAUGGUGACUUUGCGGUUCUGUCCGACCAGUUCCAGUUCUGCUUCAUCGGCGCGUCCAAAUACAUCGGCGAGAUCGUCUACGGGGCCGUGACGACGACAGGCGGCAUGUGGACCAUCCAGGUGCAGGGCGCGGGAGCGGGCUAUGACGACGCCAAGUUCCACGAGAAGAAGUCCCAGGUGGCCGUCGAUAGGGGCAGCGGCGGCGGGACUAUCUCGCGCGCCGUCGCCGUCCUGUACUGGCGCGGCGUGCCCGGCUCCAAGUGGGACGGCGGCUGGAACACCUUCCUCUACCCGUGCGGCAGGGUCCUACCCGACUUUGUCAUCAUGCUCGCCGAUGGCCGCAAGUACCUUGCUCCGUACGACAAAGAACAACCCCUUCUUGAUGGCGCCAUCCUGUCCGGCGUUGCCCAACCGCGGUCGUUCCUGGUGCCCAUGACGGCUAGCGCGGACAAGAGGACGCUCUCGUACGACGAGUCCAGCAGCGAGUGGUCGGGCAGGGGGACUAGGAAGUCCAGGCAGAGCCUGUCGGCCUGCAGGAGCCGGCGCUUUGAUGCCGCCGCGGCCGCCGCCGAGCGGGCCAGCGCGGCUCGGAAGGCCACCAGCGCGUCCCGCUGGCGCAGCGCUACAACCCUCUUCCAGACGUUGAAAUAUCUCUCGGUCGUACGAGGCUCGAGCCGACUGUUGAACGGCCUCGACGGCUUUGUAUUGAUUGCCUUCCGGCCAACCUCGAACAGGACAACAGAUCCGACCUCCUCGUACAUGCACACGCUCUGCGCAUCCCGGACGGCGCGACCGACGGUCUCCCACGCGCGCUGGACAGCUGCAUCUUUCUCGGGGGCCUCAUCGUCAAGCCGCCAGCCCUGGAACAAGAAGGCUCACCGCGCCGCGGAGGAGCGCUACAUCCAGGCCCGCCAGGCGCUCGGCCCCACCGACCCGGCGCAGCCACGUGUUGGGCUCUAG